AAGGAGAAGCACAUUUAUCUGAAUAAUAUAUCUAAUCAGAAGGAGCAACGGAGCAAGCAAUAACCACAUCAACAAGGAUGGCGUGCAGGAGCAUGCUUCGUUGUUCCGCCGUUCUGGUGGAACCGUUCCGACCAUCGUGCUUCAAUACAGCCUCAGGCUAUAAUUUCCGAACCAUUAAGCCUUGCCGAUUUCAUUCUGCAAAGCGAACUCUUCGCUGCUCUUACAACGAAACGCCUUCGUCUUCGUCCUCUCAUGACGAUCAAGGUCCUCCUCAAGAAGCCGUUCUCAAGGCCAUUUCAGAGGUGUCCAAGACAGAAGGAAGGGUUGGCCAAACUACAAACAUGGUUAUUGGAGGCACUGUGGCAGAUGAUUCUACCAAUGAAUGGCUGGCUUUGGACCAGAAGGUGAACUCAUACCCAACUGUUCGAGGGUUUACUGCUAUAGGAACUGGAGGCGAGGACUUUGUGCAAGCCAUGGUUGUUGCUGUGGAGUCUGUAAUCCAACAGCCAAUUCCUGAGGAACGUGUGAAGCAGAAGGUAUCAUCAAGGGGCAAAUAUGUAUCUGUAAAUAUUGGGCCAAUCCAAGUUGUUUCCAGCGAACAGGUGCAAGCGGUCUAUAAUGCCAUGAGGAGAGAUGAACGGAUGAAAUAUUUUUUAUAAUCCGUCAGGUUUCUUUGUAUAGAAUGCUCCCCGGCGAUAUAUGUAUGAUGCGUACUGGGACUAGGAUCGUUCACUGUGUGCGGGCAGCAUGACAGAUUUAGCCAUUUAUUUAUUUAUUUAUUUCUCAUAUAUUAACGGACUGAGUCGUUUAUUUCUUUUGUUUAGAAGAUGUUUAUCUAGAAGUUGGGAGCUGAUCUUUAUAAACAAAAAAAUCAGAAUCAAAAUUAAAAGGAUAAACGGCUGAGUUGUAUGUGAAUGAAUGGCUAGAUCUGCUGUGUCGUCAUCCAUCAGCACAACAGAAAAUCACAAUUCGUGAUUUGCCUGCUUUCCAAUAGUUAGCUUGAUUUUAUCUGUCUAAUCCAUAUUUCUCUGUUGUCCUAGCAACCACGGUGGAUAUGAGAUCACUUGUAUUUGCUGAAUAUGUAACCUGUUACCAUUCGUGACUAAGAAAAUAUACAAGACAAUUUUGUUGUUUAUAUUUAUCUAGUAACAAGCAUGAUUAUCUUCUCUGUUAAA